AUGGACCAUAACAAAUCCCAACGUACAUACGACCAAGCCUUUUUGUUUGCCAUCGGAGAAACAAACCGAACAAGUAAUUCCAAAAAACGGGCACUAAUGUUUGCUGAUUUUUACGAUGUUGUACCUGUCGCAGUCAACGAUGAAGAUGUAAACGCCAAUACCAAGGAUAUGAUCGAACUACUCAACCAAAACUGGGAAAUCAAGCCAAGCCAACAUUUUACUGCGACAAAAGUGCUAAUCGGGUCUGUAAUCAUCGAUACUGAAAAUAAUUACGGUCUCCUUAUUUUGAUAUUCGGAGUAUAUGGUCGUGACCCUGACAUCGAUAGCCACGCUGAACAACGUAGCUCUACUGGUUCAACAAGGCAAACGACAUCUGUACCGUCUGUAGGCCAGAAUGAUUUUGAGAUUUUUACCAUGCGCCAAACCGAAGGCAGCAAUAUAUCUAUCAAGCUUAUACUGGGUACCCACUCUUUCAACGCCCUUGUGAUUGCUAGUACACGUAUUGACAACUUGGUUGAUCAUCCGGAAUGCGGACCGUGA